AUGGUUUUAUGUCACAGUAGCAGGCAGACUACUGAGAAUAACUGUAUUGAUAGUUAUUCAUAUGAUACUGUUGAUUAUGUUGAUAAUAAUGGUAACGAUGUAGUCACUGAUACUGGUGAACAUGUGUUCAGACCAAAUUACAUUGUUUACACUGGUGAAACAUGUGUCUUCCUUGGAUUAGUAUAUGCCUCUGGUGUUGGAGCAAUAGUUGUAUCACCUAGUGAGGAGCAAGCAUUGUCAACACAGAAGGUUUUGCAUUCCUUUGUAUGUGACCUUCGCAUCCGCGCAAGAUUGAUGACGGCAGGGGGAAGGAUGGGCAUCCCAUAUAAUCAUUAUGCUUUGAACAUCAUAGUGGGUACACCUGAACAGCUGCUGGAAGUUCUCCCAUUCAGACAAUUCAAAAUGCAGUUUUUAGUCCUGGACGACCCAGAUUCCAUAUCUGGUAUCGGAGCUUCAAGGAUGCUGAAGCAGGUCUUAAAUGUGAUACCAGAACCCAAGCAGACCUUGCUGUUCAGUUCAUCCAGCAGCGCCACCUUGAGUUCCAUCGCAAACUUUGCACUGAAAGCCAAUCCUGUGGAAAAUAUCCCUAGCGACUGGCAGAUGAUGGAUCAGGACGAACCUGGCCAAAAGCAGCAAGAAGUGACAAGGCCUGACCAGGUGCCUAAUAGCCUCGAGCAAGUGUACAUUGUGUGUCCGACAGACAAAAAGUUUCAAGUCUUGUUCUCCAUCACUUUGAAAAACAGAAGAAGGAAGGUUAUGGUUUUCAUGAGAGACGACAAAGAAGUUGAAUUUUAUGGCUAUCUGUUCUUCAAGCUCGGGUUGCCGGUUCUCUAUUUACGCGAAUCACAAGAUGAAUAUAAACAAAAGAAAAGUAUAUUCAUGUUCAAGAAUACCAAAUUUGGGAUCAUGUUGUGCACUACUAAUAUCAUCAAAGGACACUGCUUUUCCAGAGUGGAUUUAGUCAUACAGUAUGACCCUCCCAACACCGUCAGUGAGUACUGUGAGCGCAUUGGCAGAGUUAGCCGAGCACCGGAUAGCUCAGCCUUAAUGUUGAUGAUGAAGGAGGAGAAGAAGUUUGUUAAAAACCUGAAAAAACAAAACAUAAAGAUGAACAAAAUCAAGGUGACUUGCCUCGCUGUUGAAGAUAUUCAGCAAAAGAUUAUUCAGUUGAUGAAAGAGAAUGAAGUGUUGCAGGAAAAGGCAAUGGAUGCAGUGCCUGAUUAUAUUAAGGCAUCAGAAGAAUUUCUCUCUAACUCCCUGAAAAAUCCACAAAAAUUAGACCGAGCCAAGAUCUUUAUGAGCUUUGGUUUGAAGGCCACUAUGCGUGCACAGUUACUGAAAAAGAAGAAAGAAGAAGAGGAAGAAAAAGCCAGAGAGGAACAAGAAGGAAGAUCAGACAAUAGGGGCGAGGGUCAGUCAGGAGUUGAUGGAAGAGGUGGUAGGGGAGGAGGAAACACAAAUUUGGGUAGAGGGUUUGGGAAAGGAAUUAGACGAUUCGACUAUGGCGAAGAAGGUGGCAAGGCAGUGAGACGAUUCGACUACGGCAAAGGGGGCGGUAAGGGAGGGGAACGACCGGAAUUUCGCAGAGGGGGUGGUAGCAGAGGUGGACGACCAGGUUUUGGCAGUAGGGGCGGGAGAGGAAGAGGUGGACGACCAGACUUCGGGAGUAAGGGGGGUCGGGGAGGCAAACGACCAGAUUUUGGCAAGGGGGGCAGUAGAGGAGGUGGUAGGGGUGGUAGGGGAGGGAAGCGACCAUCAUUUGGUGACAAGUGGUAGAACUUGUGAACAUGACAGGGAAGGAAAGAAUUCAGAGAAUAUGUACAUUUUCUUUUCCUUUCUGUAAUAUAAAAUGUUUAAUAAUUUUAA